AUAUACAUUCAUGUGUGUAAAACCUCCGGAUGGCAUUACUUUGCCUACACUUGACUAAACUUAUAGUUGUCGAUUUUAUAAAGUAACAUGGAUUUUUCUAAGUUUAAAUGUAUAAGAAAAUAACCAAUUUCAGUUUGGAGUACGUGCUGUGCUGCAGACAUAUUUGUUUCUGAUAUUGGUCAGUACAUGUGGCACGUGUCACCUGUUAUUUGGUUUUUGAAAGCUAAUAAUUUAGUUGUCAAAAGAAUAUUCACUGUUGUUCUUAUUGUUGAGAAAUGGCUGUGUUUAUAUUUAAAAAAAAGAAGUGUCGAACUUGAUCAUUUAUGUUAAUACUAUCUGCUUUGUUUACUGUGGACAAAGACAUGUAACGGAUAUAACAACAAUAUGCAUUCUACGGAAACAUAUACUGGCCGUAAUGAUCUUUCAAAAAGCUGCGUUAUUCGCAAAUGGUAUCUAGAUGUACACAGAUAUUGUAUUUAUACGGAGGCAGAUAGGAUGAUUGAUAAAAUUUAGCUAACGGUGUUUGGCUCUUUUAAACAUACCUUCUGAAAUGGGUUGUAUUUGCAGUUCAGACACAACGUUUGAAAGAUCUCAGUGGAUAGAUCAGAUGAUCAAACAAGAAGCUGAAAGGAAAAAUAACAAAAAGGAACUUGAGAUUCUGAUAAUAGGGACUAAAUACAGCGGGAAAAGUACAUUGCUGAAACACAUAAGAACAAUGUUUGGAGUCGAAGAUGGUUCAGACGUUCACAACGAAUCAGACUUCAAUAGUACAGUUAAAGCGCAGUUUUCAUUCAGUGAUAUACAAUUUAAGGUAAUCAGCUGGACAGGUGAAAUGCCAAGGAAUCGGAGGCUGCUUCACUACUUUGAGAGUGUAAUGGCAAUAAUAUUUAUUGUUGAUAUAAGUAUCUAUGACCAGUUCAAUGAUAAUGACCCACCAAAGAAUAUUCUGACAGAAAGUAUGGAACUAUAUGGAACUGUCUGCAACAACAAGUAUUUCGAAGACAAAUGUUUGAUCCUAUUUUUUAGCAAAACAGAUACGUUUGAAGAAAAAAUAAGGACCAUAGCAUUAAAUAGUUAUUUUCCUGAAUAUUGUGGUACAGACACGCUUGAAGAAGCAGUUUCUUAUAUUCAGAGCAAAUUUAAAGUUUUAAACAAGACGGGCAGGGAAAUGUAUACACGCGAUGUAUGCAUGGCAGAUACGAAAGAUGACUCGCUUGUGACGGAAGCUGUUACAGAUGUGAUAAUGAAGAGUUAUGAGAAAGUUCCGCAUGACUGGAUUGGCGGCAUGUUUUAAAACUAGUAGUGUAACUUGUAAAAGAAACCAAGUUCCAUGAGUUGAUAAGGAGAACAAAUUAAAACUGGGCAUCUUAGCAGGUGCUUUGCUGUAUAACUUAUACAUUACAUUACGUGUUAUGACAACUUACUUAUAUGAUAUUUCAGUUGCCUAAUGUUCUUGCCAAAUUUAGUUUGAACCACGAUUGUUAUGUUGAGCUGCGAUAUUUUUAUAAAACAUUAGUUUUAAUUGUUUUUGAAACAACAAAUGUCAUUGUACUUAAAACACGAGUAUGUAUGAAAUGUAUUGAUGAAGCCACAUACUAACAGACAAUUUUAACAAUGUCUAUGGAAACAAGGCAAGUGCGUCCGAGAUAGAAUUUGAUAUUGCAUUAUAUCUGAUUUAAAUUUUAUAUGUUGUUUUUAUUUUGUUUAAGCAUAGGUCUGAUUUCGCCAUUAAAGUUAAAACUAAUUAUUUUUAAUAAUUUAAUAAAAAUAUUGAAUAGUAGACAUGAUCAUCAUUUUUCUUCUCUUUUGUAUCUUACGUCUUGUUCUGUAUGUUUAGAAAGGUACAUUGUACAUAUUCGUGAUUUACAUGUUUACCGCUUUUGAGGAGUAUUUAUGUUAGAAUUUCAACUGUUUUAUACAGCGUUCUAGAUCAUCAGUAGAGAAAGUAAGAUCUUUUUUAUGUUUAAGAUAUCUUAAAAGAAAUAUUGUUAUUGCCACAAAUGUGUUUUAUAGCAAAACCCAUCUGGUCAAUAGCUUCAGUUAUUGUUCCUUAUCUAAGAUGUUGUAAAACGUUUAACAUUUUAGUGAUUUGUGAAUAUAUGGUGGAUUUGAAAGUAGAAACAUCUUGUUUUUAUGUUCAAGUUACAAAUACAGUUUCAUAAUCAAUGUUAUUAUAUUGUGACAAAAUGGGAUGUGGUUAAAGCAGAAAAAUAAGAUCAAACCAUAUUCCUGAGGAUUUUAAAUAGGAAUCUCUCUCUCUCCCUCUCUCUCUCUCUCUCUCUCUUUGAGACUUUGGAAUCCAUCCUUCUGGAGUUAAAAAUUGACUCUCCUAGUUCUAAUUUUGAAGAUCGUCCUAUCUUCGUUUAUUUGUAUGUCUAGACAAACAACAAAUAUUACAGCAAAAUCCACAUACUAGUAUAUUAAAACGUUGAUAACUGUUAGAAAUUGCAAUGUUUUCCUUUUUAUGUUUAAUGGUAUCAUUGUAUGUAUUUUCAUCAAUGGUUGGAAUAAUAGGCUAUUUUAGUAACUUUGUAAUAAUAUGAGCCGUGCCAUGAGAAAACCAACAUAGUGGGUGUGCGACCAGCAUGGAUCCAGACCAGCCUGCGCAUCCGCGCAGUCUGGUCAGGCUCCAUGCUGUUCGCUUUUAAAGCCUGUUGGAAUUGGAGAAACUGUUAGCGAACAGCAUGGAUCCAUGCUGGUCGCAAAGCCACUAUGUUGGUUUUCUCAUGGCACGGCUCAUAUGAUUUCGUGUACUGCAUUUUAAGAAAGAUGUACCGUUUGUAAAACCAAGAGCUGUAGGGUACAUCAACCCUCAUCAACUGAAAUUUUAUCACUUAAACAAGUUAAAACAAAGAAAACAUAGAUAUAAGCAUGUAUUGUAUAAUUUUCAGUCCCAGGACAUUCUCCCCUUUUGAUGAUCGAUGUAAAAACAGAUUAUACUAAAAACAUUCUAAGUUGAAAUGAAGGAGAUACCUUUUGUGGGAAUUUAAAUAGAGUUAUGGAGCUUACACAAGUGCACGUUAGAUCAUCACAGUGAAAAUUGUGUGAAGUUUCUUUGGCUACCGACAAACUAGCUUACAUACAAAAUGAGAUAAAUACAAAACCACAACCUAUUCUUCGAAUAAUCGAUUAUCAAGAUAGUAAGAGUUUUUUAACUUAAAUAAUCAGUAGUACUGUUAUGUUGUUUUAAUGACCUCCCAUAUUGCAUAGCGGAUAUUGAAUCUCAAGUUUCAUUUAUCACAUUAUUCAGUAUAGAUAUACAUUUAUGAAAUAUAUACAUGCAUGUACGUAGAAGCCCUCAGAUGUCAUUACUUUGUCUACACUUAAUUAAGAGAACUUGCAGUUAUCAGUCUUAUAAAGUAACAAGGAUGUAUCUAGUAUCACGUCUUAUUUAAAUAUAUAUAAGGUAGGAAAAUACUCAAUUAAUCUUUGAUUACCGUUUAUGCUGUAAUGUAAGCUAACACGUAUAGUUGUUAAAUGUAUAAGACUCAUCCUCCAUAACAACUAUGUUACAUGUAAAUUCAAUUAUUUCAUUCAAAAAUGCUUACGCUUUUUGUUAUUUGUAUAAAAUCACAUGAAAAUAUUUUGAUGUAUGUGUAUAUAUUGUAUUCAUGACAAAAAACUGUACAGUUUACGUCAAUAAAAUAUUCUGUCUGUCUGUCUGUCGUAUGAGAAAAUACGCAAUUCAUCUUAGAGUAUCGCUUGUGCUGUAAUGUGAACUACCAUGUAUAAGGAAAUAUGCAAUCCUUCUUGGAGGUCCGUUUGUGCUGCAAUAUUAAUAAACACUUACAAGAAAAUACAAAUUUUUCAUCAUUUGUGCUGUAGACUUACGUAAAAUGGCUAGAUCUAAUUUCAAAUAACUUUUGUAUGAAAAAAAAAAAAAACAAUUUGAGAUUGGAGUACCGUUUAGCUAACAUUUAUAAGAAAAUACGCUAUUCAUCUUAGUGUACCGUUUGUGCUGUAGACAUUUGCCUGGAGGGUGCUUAUAUCUUACAAUUAUGGCAACUUCUUGUGGCACAUAUUACCUAUAUUCCUAUAUUGGCUCUGAACAAAAGUGUACGUGUAUUGAAAGAUAAUUUAGAUUUCAAAUUAAUAUUAAUGUUGUUGCUUAUUUGUGUAAAACGUUCUUACCAAUUGUAACAGACUCCAGUUUAUAUGUUCAUAAAUUUUAUUGUGAUUUUGAACAAUGCACUACCCCUUGUGCCCAUGAAAAAUGCUAUUACUUGUACUAUUUUUAUGUAUGCUUUAUGCUUUUACUAGGAACACAUGCAAUGUCAUGGAUACCACAAAAUAUACAAUACCGGUGUUA